AUGAAGAUGGCGGUUUGGGUCCAAAGAAUCACCACCGGCCGACGACGUUUGUCGAUCUGUUUCGAUAGGUUCUUCGUCCCCUGCAGAUCGAAUUGUGGUCACUGGUUUUGCGCAAGCUGCAUCUUGCAGUUUUGGAUGUUGAAAUCCUCGUUUGGGCCGUGCAUAUGCCCCUUCUGCUGUACUCAGAUAAUCAAUCUCAAACUCGAAACAUCUUCACCUACACAAACACCGGAUGACGCCAUUCAAGUCCUUAAGAAAGUGAAUCAGUAUAACAACCUCUAUGUCAGUGGGGCUCUUGGCGUAUUCCCCGUAUGGAUAUAA